UCUCUGGAGAUGACAACCAAGAGGAAGAUCAUCGGCCGUCUGGUGCCCUGCCGAUGCUUCCGCGGCGAGGAGGAGGUCAUCUCCGUGCUGGAUUACUCCCACUGCAGCCUGCAGCAGGUGCCCAAGGAGAUCUUCAGCUUUGAGCGAACGCUGGAGGAGCUGUACCUGGAUGCCAACCAGAUAGAGGAGCUGCCCAAGCAACUGUUUAACUGUCAAGCGCUCCGAAAACUGAGUAUUCCCGACAAUGACCUCUCCAACCUGCCAACCACCAUCGCUAGCCUUGUAAACUUGAGGGAGUUAGACAUCAGUAAAAAUGGUAUUCAAGAGUUCCCCGAUAACAUUAAAUGCUGUAAAUGCCUAACAGUUGUGGAAGCCAGCGUCAAUCCAAUUACCAAGCUCCCGGACGGUUUCACGCAGCUCCUCAACCUGACGCAGCUCUUCUUAAACGAUGCCUUUCUGGAAUACCUCCCGGCCAACUUCGGGAGACUAUCAAAGUUACGCAUUCUGGAGCUACGGGAGAAUCACCUAAAAACGUUGCCAAAGUCAAUACACAGACUUACACAGCUGGAGCGAUUAGAUUUGGGAAGCAAUGAAUUUUCUGAUCUGCCAGAGGUCCUGGAGCAGAUACACAAUCUUAAAGAACUGUGGAUGGACAAUAACUCACUGCAGACAAUGCCUGGGUCUGUAGGAAAGUUGAGACAGCUAAGGUACCUGGACUUAUCGAAGAACAGGAUCGAGACGCUGGACACAGAAAUAUCCGGGUGCGAGUCCUUGGAAGACCUCCUUCUGUCCUCCAAUAUGUUGCAGCAGUUGCCUGAAUCCAUAGGAAUGCUGAAAAAACUGACGACUCUCAAAGUGGACGACAACCAGCUAACCUCACUGCCCCAUUCCAUUGGAAGUGGACGCACCAAAAUAGGUUUAUCACUUUUAGAGGAGUUCGACUGUAGCUGCAAUGAGCUGGAGGUCCUGCCGCCCACCAUCGGCUACCUCCACAACCUGCGGACAUUCGCUGCUGACGAGAACUUCCUCUCGGAAUUGCCCAGAGAGAUCGGGAACUGUAAAAACGUCACGGUCAUGUCUCUCCGCUCCAACAAGCUGGAGUUCCUGCCUGAGGAGAUCGGCCAGAUGACCAAGCUGCGCGUUCUCAACCUCAGCGACAACAGGUUAAAGAACUUACCGUUCACUUUCACAAAACUGAAGGAUCUCGCUGCACUGUGGUUAUCAGACAAUCAGUCCAAAGCCCUUAUCCCCCUUCAGACGGAGGCACACCCAGAGACCAAGCAGAGGGUCCUCACCAAUUACAUGUUUCCUCAGCAGCCGCGCCAUGAUGAAGAUUACCAGUCAGACAGCGACAGCUUUAACCCCACCCUGUGGGAGGAGCAGAGGCAGCAGCGAAUGACAGUGGCCUUUGAAUUUGAGGAGAAGAAGGAUGAUGAGGACAGCUCCGGCAAAGUCAAGGUGGAGAUCAAUCUGAAGCGCUACCCUACCCCUUACCCAGAAGACCUGAAAAACAUGGUGAAGUCAGUGCAGAACUUGGUGGGAAAGACUAGUCAUGCACUGAGCACUGAGAAGUGCUCCUCUGGGACCAACAUGGAGCACCAUGCCGUGGACAAGUAUGAAGCCAAGUGGCCCAUUGCACCUAAGGAGGUGAUGGAUAGAGAUGCCAAAGACUUCCCGAAAAGUCAGAUGACAGAGCAGGGUAACAUCCAUAACUCUGUCAUGGAGAUCCCAAAGCGCAAGGAGAAGGAGGAUUUGACUGAAAGCUCAGAGAUUUCUUUUCACCGCGUCGAUACCAAGCUGCCACAGCCAGAGAACAUGAACCUGUCCGUAACAUCUUCCUGUUUCUGCCUCAUAGAUUCCCUUGGAGUCUCUCCUAAUGACAUUCGCAUUUCUGACAUGCGGCCCACUUUGGUGGAGACCUCUAUGUACAAACCAAAGGUUGUCUUACUAGGCAAAGAUAAGAAAGAGUCGACGGACGAAUCAGAUGCAGAAAAAAUGCACGGCCUGAACAACAGUGGAUCCUCAGCGACCUACUCGGACUACUCUCCGUCGCAGGGCUCCUCCGGCUCGUCCAAUCCCCCGGGCACUGUGUCCGCACUCCAGCCAGUCGGAAAGGAAGGAGUGUCCCAAACGCACUGGACUAACAGGUUGGCUCAGUCUUUCCCAAAGCCCAUUGAGACCAAACCAUUGCUGAGUCAAAGGGAGACCCCUCCUUCCAGCACGUUGCAACAAAGAAGCGAAAGACGCCCUCUCAGCGACACCUUUGACAGCUGGAAUGACACCUCCCACUAUGACAACACAGGAUUUGUGGCCGAGGAGCCUCCAAUCGACGGUUCGAGCAGCGGCAACCCCAUGCUGGGCUCCAAACCUAGGAGUAUGUCCGCACAUGGGCGCCGGCCCCUCAUUCGACAGGACCGGAUAGUCGGGGUUCCGCUCGAGUUGGAACAGUCUUCCCACACCUUCCAUCCCGUCCGCAGCACCCCUGAACCCGGAACUCCUACCCCAACAAACCCCUGGCAGAAUUGGACAAGGACCCCCAGCCCCUUUGAGGACAGGACUGCCUUCCCCUCCAAGUUGGAAAUCACCCCCGCUAACAGCCCUAACCCAGACCGCAAGGACUUUGAGCAAGACUUGGCUGAUCUGCCUGGCACCUUUCGCUCCUCAGGCGCUUGGGGCUUCCUAGACUCACAGGACUCGGGGUCGACCAGGAGCCACCCGAAUGUUUUUACGCAUGUUCAGUGCAGACCAGACUCUGCCAAAAGUGGGUUGAUCAUCAGCAAAAGCACAGAGCGGCUCUCACCCAUGAUGAAGGAGGUGAAGGCUAAGUUCAAAAAGUCACAGAGCAUCGAUGAGAUUGACAUUGGCUCAUACAAGGUGUACAACAUACCCUUGGACAGCUACAGCUCCAGCAUAGAGAAUCAGGGCAGUGUAGACAGGGCAGAUCUCCCCCCACCCAUGGAACAGAGCAUGUCCCGAAGCCAGUCUGCUCCUAUGCUGGACGAUGACAUGGACAGCUUUGGCAUAAACAAGAUGUCUCAGCAACAGAAACCUUCCAUCCCAAAAAAGGUGUAUCAGUUUGACCAAAGCUUCAACCCCCAAGGAGCCAUGGAGGUUGUGAAUCCUGACAGGAGGGUCCCACCCCCCUUUCCAAACACCCCCGAGUAUAUCAACCAACCAGGAAAGACCCUUCCCAAAGAACUUGUAAGUCCCCGAGUGUACCGAGGCUAUCCCCCUAUGGAGCAGAUGUUCUCCUUCUCUCAGCCGUCUGUUAACGAGGAUGCUAUCAGCCAGCCAUUCCCCACCCAGAGAUCCCGACCCGGCUUCCUACGGCGGGCAGACUCCCUGGUCAGUUCCACAGAGAUGGCACUCUUUCGGAGAAUGGCUGAAGCCCACGAGCUGCAGUCCAGCGACCGAUACGUAAGGCCACACUUUAAGGGCAUGUUGGAACAUCAGAAUAGCUUGUCCACCAUGGUCGACUCCCAGUUCCACAAGAGGAACGGUCGGUAUGAGGAUGACUACUCCUCUUACCAGGAGCCCAAAAAGCCAAUCAUGGGCUACCCCACCAAGAGCCUGACUCAGCGGCGACCCCUGUCUGCCAGGAGCUACAGCACAGAGACCUACGGUGCCUCACAGGCUAGGCCUGUGUCUGCUCGGCCAACCAUGGCCGCCCUGCUGGAGAAGCUGCCUUCUGAUUACAUCUUGAGCACUUGCACUGAGAAGAUCCCCGAUGGAGACAUGAAGCUGCGACCUGUACCCCAGAAGCCAGAGGACACUUCCUCUAAAAUGCCGGUGGACUGGAGACAACAGCUGCUGAGACAUAUAGAAGCUAAAAGAUUAGACCGGAGCGCUGCCCUUAAGCACAACACAGUAAACUUCGGCAUGCUGUAUUCCGGACGCUAUGCCGACCCGCAUGCCAGCAGAAGCAUGACCGUAAAUUUUUACAAUCAUGCAAAGCAUGAAAACCAAACAGCACAGUGGCUACCUCUUCUAAAUACACCAUCGCAGCAGAGCAAUAUCUUAGAUAACGGUCAGGAAGAGAUCUCCCCCACCAGUCAGUGGGCCCCGUACUCACUGGGCCGGAGGGAUGUGCCCCCGGACAACAUCGCCAAAAAGACGCAGACAAUGAUCAUGACCUCCACGUCCGUCACGCCGCCACACCGCUCUGCCCGCGACCAGCAGUACGAAGGGCCCAUGAACAAGAUCUCCAUCCAGCAGUACCACUCCCCGCUGCCCAUGGCCGUCUCAGCCACCAGCCCCCGGCCCCAGAGUGCCCACUGCCUCAUUCAGACCAAAGGGCAGAAGAGCAUGGACGGCUACCAGGAGCAGCUCUGCAUGAGGAUAGAGAAGAGCCCGGGGUUAGGCUUCAGCAUCUCAGGGGGCAUCAGCGGUCAGGGGAACCCCUUCAAGCCUUCCGACAUGGGUAUCUUUGUUACUAGGGUACAGCCUGAUGGACCUGCUGCCAGCGUUCUUCAGCCUGGGGACAAAAUUCUGAAGGCCAAUGGACAUAAUUUUUUACACAUGGAACAUGAAACUGCUGUGUCUCUACUGAAGAAUUUCCAGAAAACUGUGGACUUGGUAAUCUUGAGGGAGAGCACAAGCUAAUUUUUUUGUUUGUUUUUUUUUUACCGUACAUAACUUCUUACAUGUACAGAACUGAAAUGUGUACAAACUACUUGCGUCCAUUUUUAUCUUGGAACAGUAACAUUUGCCAAUUGCUGGACCAAUGGCAAAGUAUUAGUGCCAAAUGUACUAUAAGUUACGUGUCAUGUUACACACCAAUCAAAAGGACAUGUUUAAAUAUUAUGCCUAUUUGACAGAAGAUCAUUUACUGUACAUCUAUCAGCCUGAGGCUGUAGAUUGGUGCAGAUGUGGAUUUUUGUUCCUUUUUGUUUGCUAUUUUGUUUUUGAAAGGUAUUGCUUAAUUUCUUAUGCAUUUAAUUUAACUUCAUGUAUUUUUUCCAUUUAGAUGUCAGAGCAUGAAAGCACACUGGCUGUUUUGGUAAUUCAUUCACCAUAAACACUGCCUCAACUGUGUAUAUGCCUUCUGUAAAUAUGUAUAUAUACAUUUAAAUGAAGAAAUGAAAGGUUCAGGUGACCCAAGUGGAGGGAGCGUAUGUAUGUAUGCUGUUUGCUUUGAAUUUAAGCCAUUAUUUGAUUGCUAUUUUUAGUGUCAUUUUAGGACAUUAAAUAUGAUCUGUUCAAUUUUAAUAGACUUUGAAAAUACCUUUAUAAACAUUUCUAAAUAGUUAUACCACCAGUUCUUUUCCAUUUCUUUUUUUUUUUUUUUUUGCUUUAUGUGGUUGAAGUGUAAUAUUUAUGUUGAUCUUGAUCACAAUUUAAAACCAAUUAAUGGAGUUUGUCAGAUGUGUUUUUUGCAGUUUGUUUCCAAAAAUCUGUGAAAUGAAAGAUUAUCAUAAAACAUUGCUUUUAUUUUCUUUGAAUGGACAGGCCCAGAUAUAUGAGGGGUAAUCAGUACAUGCUCAGUAAUUGGACCUUAUUUACAAAAAUGUUUGUGAAACCUGAUUGCUACUGAUGAUUGUUUCUGCACUGGAAAAGGCAAGUUGUUUUUGAGCAUAUCUAGUAUUUUUUGUACCUUUGUUUUGUAUAUGUUCGAUUAGGAAAGCCAGAAUGUAUAUCUUUUGUUUCUAGAGUCCACACCUAAUAUGAUCACUUAUAGAAAGGAUUCCACAUCGUCACCAUCAAAGCUAUACACUCUGUUUACUCAAAAGGCAGAAGCCCAUUUACAGUUUAGAUUCUUCCUGGUUACUUUUUGUUCUGUGUGAAUACUGGUAACCUGGAAUAUCAUUUCACAGGUGACCUGGAUGUGCCAUUUCACAAAACUUUUUAGAAGUAAAAAAAAAAUUAUGAAUCCAAACUUGAGAAUAUCACAGAGGACCUGGAUUAAAAAAAUGACUCACUGGUAACUAAAAAUCCACGCAACAGAUUUCUUCACACUCCAGAUUGUGCUGCUGAGGACAGUCCAAGUGUCGAUAUUCACACAUCCACUGAGAUGUGAAACUGCUGUAAUGUUCUUCUCUAUACUGACGGAUGAUGGGUGACAGCAGGAGGCUCAUGAAAAACCCAUAGCAUUGCAUGUACAGAGUUAUAAAUAGGUAAGCAGGUGCAUAGAGCACAUAAUGUUCUACAGGUUUGGAUAUGACCAUAAGAUCAUAUCAAAUGGCACGUAGAUUGGACGGUCAACACGCUAAUUAAAAGCAGAAAUAGUCAAGCAGAACUUUUACAAUCAUUCCAAAACAAAAAAAGUAAAAUUUUAUCAUUUCACAUGUAUUAUUUAAAUUUGUAAUACAUCUUUUACAUCCUACCAAGAUUUACUGAAAUUAUGUCGUGCUGCUAGUAAUUUUCUGUACAUUUUAAACUAUUUACAAAUAAGUUUUUGUUUCUUUAAAAAAACACCCACAUUGCUUCUUGUCAUUGUACUGAAUUGAUUUCCAUCGUAAGCUCUGUAGCAUGCUUUCACAUGCUUUACUUAUUAAAAUGUGGCUUUUUGUCUUUUUAAGUAGACAUGCUAAAGGUUUUUUUUUCUUGGAAAAAUAGUUUUUAAAAUGCAGAGGGAGAUCAUUUGUGACAAUUUGUGCCAUAGUCUCUCUAUUGAUGGUUUAUCACUGAUGAAACCCAGAAAAUGUUCCAUAUUUUAAAUGUAUACAAAUGUAGCAUUUAAGGUGACAUCACACAGAACGGAACACUCUAAACCUGUAGUCCUAGAGAGAGUUGUGUACCUAGCUAAGGAAAGCUACCACUGGAUAAAUUAACAAUGCUUAAUUUAAAGGGUUGAGUCAUGAACCUGAAUAAAGUUUAAUUUUUUUUUUACUAAACAUUUUCAGGUUAUUUGUAAUAUACUGAUAUAUUUAGCUUUGCUCAGAUUUCUAUAACUGUAUGGAAAAAGGAAUUCAGGAUAUGGGGAAGCUGUAGUAUUUAACUUGUAAAAUUGAUUUCUACAGUAAUUGUGAAUUUGUGUUAUACAAAAAUAUAUAUAUAUGUACAUGAAUAUAAAAAUGGUCAUUUUUGUAUGUGUUUACAAUACAAUUACAUAUAUAAAAAGCAAAUAUAUGGUACUUUUCGGUCUAAUUGCAGUAUUAAUGUAAAUAACUGUGAAUGAAAACAUUUUAAUUUAUUCAUAUAGAUUGUGAAUGUAUUCCAAGCUUUUGCAGUAUGAUGACUUAUUGGAUUUGAAUGCUGCUUCAUUUUUUGUGCAAGAAAGUAAUUUUAACAGAAAAAAAUGUUUAGUUGGAGAGGUUUAGUGAGAAUUAUCCUGUUUAUUGAUUUGCACAUGCAAGUUUAAACCUUCCAGUUUUAUUUCUGUAUUGACACAAAUAUGUAAUUGGUAAAGCAUAUAUAUUCUGUGUCUAGAAUGCAUUUUGCAGACGCUAUCUGUAUAUACCCAAGAAAUUGUUAUAAAAUUAUGGAGGAAAAAAAAAACUAAAAAUGCUGUGAAGAAAAUACCAGAGCCAUUUUUCGGCUUUGGGAAUACA